CGGGCUCGAUAUCUUGCUAUCGACCUGUUUCCGGUUGAAAAACCAUUUUCAACAAAAUAAAACAAUGAUUAAACUAUUUUCUCUGAAACAACAGAAAAAAGAUGGAAUCGAUUCCCCGGACAGAGGAUCACAGAAAAAAGCUUCAGCAGCACAACUACGUAUACAGAAAGAUAUAAAUGAAUUGAAUUUGCCAAAGACUUGUCAAGUUGACUUCCCAGACACCGAUGAUCUACUCAACUUCAAACUCAUAAUUUCACCAGAUGAAGGAUUCUACAGAAAUGGUCGGUUUGUGUUCAGCUUUAAGGUUUUGCAAGGAUAUCCCCACGACCCUCCCAAAGUCAAAUGUGAAACAAUGGUUUAUCACCCAAACAUUGAUCUAGAAGGAAAUGUUUGUCUCAAUAUAUUAAGAGAGGACUGGAAGCCAGUUUUAACGAUAAAUUCUAUUGUUUAUGGGUUGCAGUAUUUAUUUUUGGAGCCUAAUCCUGAGGAUCCCCUGAACAAAGAAGCUGCCGAGGUCCUGCAGAGUAACCGACGGUUAUUUGAACAGAAUGUCACCAAGUCCAUGAGGGGCGGUUACAUUGGAUCCUUGUACUUCGACCGCUGCCUAAAAUGAUGAUGACUUGGACUUAAUUAUGGAGGAAUAUUGUGAUCUUUCUGUUUGCUUUGUUAAUAAUUAUGAAAUGUGUCUAGAAGAAGUCCUUUGUUUGAAUGGGACAUCGAAAUGUGUCCACGGCUGAUCAAUGAGCAUCACUGGUUGCAGACAAGCAGGACAAAUCUGUUGUCUCUCGGUCAGGAGAAUUCUGAUAAUGCUAAAUGUCUUUUGUAAUUCUUUUAUAUAUAGUUAUUUUUUGCAGUGCCAUGUUCUUAGCAUUUUGAAAUGAUAGGUUUUCAGAUUUCAUAAAGUAUUGGUAGUUUAAGCCGCGUAAAAGCUAUUACAGUUUGAUUUCAAUGACAAGUCACUGUCAAGUUAAGUGUAUUCUGCAUCUCCAUACUCCCUACUUGUUUUAUUGAGUGUAUUAAACCAAAUGUUGCAUUUUAAAAACAAUGUAUCCAUAAUUUAUUUAACUGUUGAUUAUUGGGAUCAUGUAACGCUGAAUAGUUUGGUUUUUUUUUUUUUUUUUACACAAACUCCAUUUGAUAUAGCAGGUGCCCUGUUCAGUUCCUGCACAUUGUAAAACUAGAAAGAAGGAGUAUUUAUUCCUGCUAAGUUCUGGAGUUAAGUGCAAAUAUGUUGUAGUCUUGUCACAUUAUCUGUUUUACCUGUGUUGUUAGAUUGUACAGAAGUACAUGUAAAGCCAUCGCAAGGAGACUUCAACCCGAGCACCGGGGUAUGUGUUGCUUAUCAAGAAGAUUCAAUGAUUGGGAAUAUUAUUUCUUUUAACAGUAUAUAAAAUUAUGGCAAACUUCAUAGUACAAAUUCUGUUUGAAAUUGUUUUUAUGUAACAAAGUUUUAAAAUGUUAAUUUCUAUAUUGUACUGCUUUUAAAAAUGUUAGUUUCCAUGUUGCACAGCCUAUAGUUUUCAUACACAUGAUCCACAUAUAUGUAUAUCCUAAAUACAACUAUUCAUGAAAUACUUUCUCUUGAUUUACAACACUAUUUAGACCAGAAUGGUUAGACAGAGGAACAAGAAUAUGUACAUUGUAUGAAGUAAGAUAUGACCUCUACUGACCUUGAACAUUUAUCAAAACAUAGUUUUACUUUGCCUCGAGUACAUGACUGAAAACAAUAAAGGAUGAUUAAUGCCC